UGUGGCGCCAUGUGGACAAGGGCACCCCGGAAGGAGCCAUCGAUGCCAUGCUGAUCCACGGGCAGGAUGCCAUCACCGUGUCCAACGCUGGGCGGAUUCUGCGCUCCUGGGAGACCAACAUCGGGGGCUUGAACUGGGAAACCUCCCUGGACACGGGCAGUUUCCAGGGGGCUGCCCUGGUGGGGCUCCCUGAGGCAGUGAAGUACGUGGCAGUGCUGAAGAAGGCAGCCCUGUCCCUGCACUACCUGUCCAACGGGCACCAGAAGUGGGUGGAACACCUGCCUGAAAGUGAGAGCACUCAGUAUGAGCUGCUGUACUCCCGUGGCACUGGAGUGAUCCACGUGGUUGGCAUCGUCCCCCGGAGCCACCUGAGCCUGCUGACCUUCAGUGUGGAGGAUGGGGAAAUCACCAGACAGGUGAGGGUGGCAGCCCCGUGGCUGGGGGCUCUGCAGGGCCCCUGUGCCGUGGUGGGGGAGGCUGUGCUGGUGUGUGUGGACACAGCCACACGUUCCCUGCACGUCUGUGCCCUGGACACGGAGCAGGACAUGAGGAGCAUCCCCCUGCAGUCCCUGGAGCUGGAGUUUGCUGAUGACUUCCAGGCCAGGAUCUUGGCCACUCAGCCCAGUGUGAGCGGCGCCUCACGGACUCAGUUCUUCCUGCAGCUGUCCCCAAGCCACUUCUCCCUGCUGCAGUACAAGCAGGGGCUGCUCAGCCACCUCCGGGACUUCCAGCAGGCAGCUCUAGUGAGUUUUGCAACGACUGGGGAGAAGACAGUGGCUGCUGUGCUGACAUGUAGGAAUGAACUGAAACCUGGACUCUCUGAUGGCCUCCAAGCUGGCAGCACUCUGGAGGAUGCCCGCAGGCAGGAUUCCUUAACCUGCUCCAAUCAAACCUACAACAUAAACCUCUACCUGGUUGAGACUGGGCAAAGAUUGUUGGACACCACAAUCACCUUCAGCCUGGAGCAAGGAGGGGCCAAGCCACAGCAGCUGUACAUCCAAGUUUUCCUGAAGAAGGAUGACUCCGUGGGCUAUCGAGCCUUGGUGCAGACUGAGGACCACAUGCUCAUGUUCCUCCAGCAGCCAGGAAAAGUUGUGUGGAGUAGAGAGGAGUCACUGGCAGAGGUGGUGAGCUUGGAGAUGGUGGAUCUGCCUCUGACAGGAGCACAGGCUGAGCUGGAGGGAGAAUUUGGAAAAAAAGCAGCCAUCCAAGAUGGCUUGCUGGGAAUGUUCCUGAAAAGACUCUCAUCCCAGCUCAUCCUGCUGCAAGCCUGGACUGCCCAUCUCUGGAAGAUGUUCUACGAUGCCAGGAAGCCCCGGAGCCAGAUUAAAAACGAGAUUAACAUUGACAAUUUGGCCAGAGACGAGUUCAACCUCCAGAAGAUGAUGGUGAUGGUCACUGCCUCGGGCAAGCUUUUUGGCAUUGAGAGCAGUUCUGGCACCAUCCUGUGGAAGCAGUACCUGAGGAAUGUGAGACCAGGCUCCUCCUUCAAGCUGAUGGUGCAGAGAACAACAGCCCAUUUUCCCCACCCUCCACAGUGCACUCUGCUUGUCAAGGACAAGGAAACGAAGAUGAGUUUUCUGUACGUCUUUAACCCCAUCUUUGGCAAGAGAAGCCAGGUAGCUCCUCCUGUUCUGAAGCGUCCCAUCCUCCAGACUUUGCUUCUGCCCAUUAUGGAUCAAGACUAUGCCAAAGUGCUGCUGCUGAUUGAUGAUGAGUACAAGGUUACCCCUUUCCCAGCCACUAAAAACGUCCUUCGCCAGCUGGAAGAAAUAGCCCAUUCCAUCUAUUUUUACUUAGUUGAUGCUGAGCAAGGAAAACUCUCUGGAUUCAGGCUGAAAAAGGACCUGAGCACAGAGGAGAGCUGGGAGGUGGCCAUCCCCACGGAGGUGCAGAGGAUUGUGGCUGUCAAGGGGAAGAGGUCCAACGAGCACGUGCACUCCCAGGGCCGCGUGAUGGGCGACCGCAGCGUCCUCUACAAGUCCCUGAACCCCAACCUGCUGGCCGUGGUGACCGAGAGCACGGACACGCACCACGAGCGCACCUUCAUCGGGAUCUACCUCAUGGACGGGGUCACGGGCAGGAUCAUCCACUCCUCCGUGCAGAAAAAGGCCAAGGGGCCCGUGCACAUGGUGCACUCUGAGAACUGGGUGGUGUACCAGUACUGGAACACCAAGGCCCGGCGCAACGAGUUCACGGUGCUGGAGCUCUACGAGGGCACAGAGCAGUACAAUGCCACAGCCUUCAGCUCCCUGGACCGCCCCAUCCUGCCCCAGGUGCUGCAGCAAUCCUACAUUUUCCCCUCUGCCAUCAGUGCCAUGGAGGCCACCAUCACUGAGAGGGGCAUCACCAGCCGCCACCUGCUCGUUGGGCUUCCCUCUGGGGCCAUCCUGUCCCUCCCCAAGGCCCUGCUGGACCCUCGGCGCCCGGAGAUCCCCACGGAGCAGAGCAGGGAGGAGAACCUGAUCCCCUACUCACCAGAUGUGCAGAUCCACGCUGAGAGGUUCAUCAACUACAACCAGACCAUCUCCAGGAUGAGGGGCAUUUACACAGGCCCCUCUGGCCUCGAGUCCACCUGCUUGGUUGUGGCCUAUGGGCUGGACAUCUUCCAGACCCGGGUGUACCCCUCCAAGCAGUUUGAUGUGCUCAAGGAUGACUAUGACUACGUGCUCAUCAGCAGUGUCCUCUUUGGGCUGGUCUUUGCCACCAUGAUCACCAAGAGACUGGCCCAGGUGAAGCUGCUCAACAGGGCCUGGCGCUGAGGGAGGGAUCCCAGCCCCCCCAGGGAUGGACCCACAGGCCUCUGCUCCACUGGGCUGGAAGAGAUUUGUGAGGAAAAGAGAUUUGUGAGGAAAAGCUGCUGGAGGAACGAAACCCGCGCUGCCCACGUGUGUCCUGCGAGAAGAAACGGAAGAGAUGAAAAACAGA